AUGCCUUCUCCGAUUCCCUCGAGCCGCUUGUUGCCCAAAGGCCUCUUCCCGAGUGCGGUGGUCGGCGCGUGCAGCAGCCCGCUGGCGCGCACGCAGCACGGCUCCAGCCUGCAGGUGCCCCCCCGCUCCUGCACCUCCGUCAUUCAUUGGAAGCAGCUGCGCUCCGUGGAGCCCGUGGGCUCGGGCGGCUUCGGCUUCGUGUACCGGGCGGAGUACCUCGGGAGCACCGUGGCGCUGAAGAAGGUGAAGAGGUGCAGCAAGAACACGCUGGCCUCCCGGCAGAGCUUCUGGGCUGAGCUGAACGUGGCGCACCUGCACCACCAGAACAUCGUGCGCGUCAUCGCGGCCACCACCUCCGCGCCAGGAGAUUCGGACGCAGACAGCAGCAUCGGGACCAUUCUAAUGGAGUUCGUGGGGAACCGGAACCUCCAGCAGGUCAUUUACGGGACGGCGGAGCCGCUGGAGGGAGCGCGGUGCGUCCGGUACGCGGCGGACAUCGCGCGCGGCCUCCGGUUCCUGCACUCCCACGGCGUGGUGCACCUGGACAUCAAGCCGGCCAACGUCCUGCUGAGCGGCGAGGACGUCUGUAAGAUCGCUGAUUUUGGCUGCUCUGUCAAACUGGACCGCGCGCGUGAAACCUGCGCUGACCACCCGCACGUCAGCCUCGUGUGCGGCACCUACACGCACCGAGCCCCGGAGCUGCUCAAGGGCGAGGCGGUGUCGCCAAAGGCGGACAUCUUCUCCUUCGGGAUCACGCUGUGGCAGCUGCUGACCCGGGAGCCGCCGUACGCGGGCGACCGGCAGCGCGUGCUCUACGCCAUCGUGGCGCAGGAGCUGCGGCCGUCGCUGCGGGACAGCGCGGUGUUCGGCUGUGCGCGGGGGCAGCGGCUGCGCGCGCUGCUGGCCGCGUGCUGGAGCGCAGAUGGCCGCCGCAGACCCAGCGCCUCUGAACUGCUGGAGCUCCUGCAGCGGCUGCCCUAAACCGGAACGGCACGGAUUGGAACCGUUCUUUCUCCAUGACUGAAAGCCGUUCCGUUCUCACAGGGAGCUCUUUUACUCACAUGUAAAUAUAUUGGAUUACUUGUCAUUAAAACGUUUCUAGUAGCAAAUGUCUGUUUUGUUCUAAGAUGUUUGAUUCUCUGCUGUUCAGGCCUGAAAGUUUCAGCUGGAGGCUGAAGAUGCUGAAACUGCUGUAGCUUCAUGCUGAACUAAAGGUGGAAGUUUGCUCAUUCAAAUGCUGCUGAAGAAACCAGCCUAGUACUAGUACUAAAAGGUCCUUAAGCAAAUAUGUUGAGUACUGUAAAAAAAAAACUUGAAAUGAUAAAAUGCUGGAACGUUAAAGUUAAGUUAUAUAAUGAACUAAAUGAUCUUUUAAAAAAAA